CAUCCCCAAGCUCUCAUCUCAGGUGAACAAGAGACCUCUUCAAGAGUCAUGCGUGAAUGUAUCUCCGUCCAUGUUGGCCAGGCUGGGGCCCAGAUGGGCAAUGCAUGCUGGGAGCUGUAUUGUCUGGAGCAUGGCAUCCAACCGGACGGGCAGAUGCCCAGUGACAAGACCAUCGGAGGAGGAGACGACUCCUUCAACACCUUCUUCAGCGAGACUGGAGCUGGCAAACAUGUUCCCAGGGCAGUCUUUGUGGACUUGGAGCCCACAGUCAUCGAUGAAGUGCGUACAGGAACCUACCGUCAGCUCUUCCAUCCUGAGCAGCUGAUCACAGGGAAGGAGGAUGCAGCCAACAACUACGCUCGUGGUCACUACACUAUUGGCAAGGAGAUCAUUGACCUGGUUUUGGAUAGGGUUAGAAAACUGGCCGACCAAUGCACUGGACUCCAAGGUUUUCUUAUCUUCCACUCCUUUGGAGGAGGAACCGGUUCUGGGUUCACGUCUCUGCUGAUGGAGCGUCUCUCAGUGGAUUAUGGCAAGAAGUCCAAACUGGAGUUCGCCAUCUAUCCUGCUCCUCAGGUAUCGACUGCAGUCGUGGAACCAUACAACUCCAUUCUGACCACACACACCACCCUGGAGCACUCGGACUGUGCUUUCAUGGUGGACAACGAGGCCAUCUACGAUAUCUGCCGCAGGAACCUGGACAUUGAGCGUCCCACCUACACCAAUCUCAACAGGCUGAUUGGUCAGAUUGUCUCUUCCAUCACAGCCUCGCUGCGCUUUGACGGCGCUCUGAAUGUGGACUUGACAGAGUUUCAGACCAACCUGGUGCCCUACCCGCGCAUCCACUUCCCUCUGGCGACCUAUGCCCCCGUCAUCUCGGCAGAGAAGGCGUACCAUGAGCAGCUGUCUGUCGCAGAGAUCACCAACGCCUGUUUUGAGCCAGCCAAUCAGAUGGUGAAAUGCGACCCUCGCCACGGCAAGUACAUGGCGUGUUGUCUGCUUUACCGCGGUGAUGUGGUCCCUAAAGAUGUCAACUCUGCCAUCGCCACCAUCAAAACCAAGCGCACCAUCCAGUUUGUGGACUGGUGUCCCACCGGCUUCAAGGUGGGCAUCAACUACCAGCCCCCCACUGUGGUUCCUGGGGGAGACCUGGCCAAGGUCCAGAGAGCCGUGUGCAUGCUGAGCAACACCACCGCCAUCGCAGAGGCCUGGGCCCGACUGGACCACAAGUUUGACCUGAUGUAUGCCAAGAGGGCCUUUGUGCACUGGUACGUCGGCGAAGGGAUGGAGGAGGGAGAGUUCUCCGAGGCCAGAGAGGACAUGGCUGCCCUGGAGAAGGACUACGAGGAGGUGGGCACAGACACUAUUGGGGAUGAAGAAGAGGAAGAGGGGGAAGAGUACUAACUGUAAAAGCGAUACUGUAUCAUUAUUUAACAUUCUCAGGCUUUUGUUCUGUCACAUGUGAAGUGAUAGUUUCAAUGUUUCGCUGUUUGACAGAUGGCGUCAUUUGUAACUGUUCAACUGCUGUAAAAGGCAUGU